UUUUUUUUGGGUUAAUUUUUUGUUUUGUAUUUUCGGCCCAUUUUAAUUUUUUUUUAAAGGAUAGAGAAGCUUGAGAGCUCAUUACAAUAUUGAAGGAAUUACAUCAAUGAAGAAUUAAAGAAGAGAAUGGUCAGGAGAAUGGGAGGCUCAACCUCUAAGCUUGACUCUUAAUACUACAACAAUAGCAAUACAACUUAUAUAGGCAAGGGGGACUUGGGAAGCAAAGAGCCAAAAUAGAAGAAACAAGACAGCAGCGUCUGUUCGCUGGCUCGACACCUGCUCGGGCGAGCUGCUCGGUUGAGCGGCAUGCAGGCCAUGCGUUUGACACUUUACCAGCUUGUUUGCAAGAUGAUAUUUGCUGCCAAGGGUCAAUCGGAAACAACCUCUUUGUUAUCACGAACAAGGAUCUUCGAAAACUUCCUGCAUACAGAGUAUGGUGGGCCAGGCACUUUGCUAGUACUCCCUUUCAUUGACAUGGCUGACACUCUGAAUGAGCGUGGGUUACCUGGGGAACCUCAAGCUGCACGAGCUGCUGUCAAAUGGGCUCAAGAAAAUGUAGACAAAGAUUGGAAAGAAUGGACUGGUAGCAAGUAAAGACAUGUCAAGAGAAUUUUGAUGUUUUUAGAUAGUCUUAGGUAUGAUAAUCUCUAAGUAUAUCAUCUUGAAAGAUUUUGAUUUCUUGAUAGAGAACCAGCAGAAAGACAGCUUCUAUUGCUGCAAGUUGUAGGUCAUUAGGUCAUCCAGAAGAUUCGAGCAAUUCGUAGAGAUCCAUAUGAUGGUUGAAUAAAUGUAGCGUGGUUAGACCGUUGGCUGAUAAAUUUUUUCUUUGCAACAUGGAAUAUUUUAUGAUAGAGUGACCAAAGUUCGUUACAAAGACUCAUAUAAUGUCUAGUUCAGGUUUAUGAAAAUU